AUGUCAACACCGACCGACCGACUUCAACAAAUCGCUAACCAUUUCAAGGCGAGAAACUCGAGCAAAAAGUUGUCCGAUAAGGUUUGCAUCCUUACGGGCGUCGGUCAUGAGCUGGGGAUUGGCUGGGCUACAGCAGUUCUGUUUGCUAAAGAAGAGGCCAAACAUUUAUAUCUUAUCGAUUUGAAGGGUGACAAAUUCCCCGCCUUAGUGAAACAUCUUCAAAGCCUCAAUUCGAAGAUUGGUCUCUCAACUAUCGUCGGCGAUGCAGCAGACGAAAAUAUGGUCCGAUCGGUCUGUCAAAAAGCGAUAGACGAGCAUGGACGGCUGGAUGUGUUUUUCGCAAACGCUGGUGUGGCAGGGGCGGCGCCUAUUGGCAAGACAAGCUACGAGACGGGCGAGAGAGUGAUUCGGAUCAACACGAUGUCGUGCUGGCUAGCGUUAAAGUAUGCCUCGGAAGCGAUGUUGAAAGGGAAAGGGGAAGGAGCUGGACGAGGCGGGAGUAUUAUCUUAACCUCUUCGGCGGCCGGGCUUCGCUCAGGCGCGGGUUCGACGGAGUAUUCGGCCUCGAAGGCCGCCGUCAUCUCGUUGGCUUCCACCGGCGCUAAUGCCUAUCCCGGCGCGGACAUCAGGGUGAAUGCCGUCUGUCCUGGACUGAUUCAGACCCAAAUAACGGGCCCUCUCUUCGAGAUGGCUAAGGAUAAAUCCAAGAUCGGACAACUUUGCUCCCUCAGACGUUAUGCGGUUGCUGAUGAAGUGGCCAGUGUUGUCCUUUUCUUGGCUAGUGAUGAUUCAUCUUACAUCACUGGCACAGCCAUCCCAAUCGACGGAGGCCUUUCCAGUUCCUUACCAGUAAUUCCAGGAAAACAGUACUAA